AUGGGGUCUAGUGCCCCUGUGUCUAGGCCAGCCAAAUCCGUGAGCUGCAAAAAUUCUGUGGCGCUGCAGAGGAUGGUAGCCCUCACAGCCGAGGACUGCAGCAACACCGGCUUUCAGAGUGAUGAAGACUGCUUUGAAAACCAGAACACAUCAGGAAAUGACAACUCACUAAGGAGUAGAGUUGUGCAAAACAGAGGGCAAGAAAAGGGCAAACAGGGGGAAGAGCAAGUCACCAUUGAGCAGGAUUCUCCAGGAAAGGAUGAAGAUGAGGAGGACGAUCAAGAGACGCAUCAAAAAGGGUGCCUGGAAAGGAAGUGUGGUCCAGUUUAUGAUUUUUGUAGGGAACACAAAACAACCGUUAAGUAUAUCAUCUGGGGCAUUUUAAUAGCAAGUUACCUGGCUCUGGUGAUUGUGGCCUGUGUGCUGAACUUUCACAGAGCCCUUCCUCUUUUCGUGAUCACGGUGGUUGCCAUCUUCUUUGUGAUCUGGGAUCACUUCAUGGCCAGAUGUGAGUCUCAAAUCGCUCAGUUCCUGUCUCCUGGCCAAAGGCUUCUGGGCAGCCAUUGGUUCUGGCUGAAGUGGGUGAUUUGGGCCUGCCUGAUCCUGGGAGUUAUUUUCUGGCUGGUCUUUGACACCACCAAAUUGGGCCAACAGCAGCUGGUGUCCUUCGGUGGACUCAUAAUGUACAUUAUCCUGACAUUUCUAUUUUCCAAGCACCCAACCAAAGUUUACUGGAGGCCUGUCUUCUGGGGUAUUGGGUUACAGUUUCUUCUUGGGCUUUUGAUACUAAGGACAGAAACUGGAUUUAUGGCUUUUGAUUGGUUACGGAAACAAGUUCAGACGUUCCUGGAGUACACUGAUGCUGGCGCCUCAUUUGUCUUUGGUGAGAAAUAUAAAGACCACUUUUUUGCAUUUAAGGUCCUGCCCAUCGUGGUUUCCUUCAGCACUGUGAUGUCCAUGUUGCACUACCUUGGAUUGAUGCAGUGGAUCAUUAAAAAGCAUUCCUAGGUUGGAUGGGUAAUGCUAGUGACUAUGGGAACAUCUCCUGUUGAAUCUGUAGUUGCUUCUGGCAAUAUAUUUGUUGGACAGACAGAGUCUCCACUGCUGGUCCAGCCAUAUUUACCACACGUCACCAAGUCCGAACUCCACGCAAUCAUGACCACUGGGUUCUCUACCAUUGCUGGAAGUGUCUUAGGUGCAUAUAUUUCUUUUGGGGUUUCAUCCUCUCACCUGUUAACUGCUUCAGUUAUGUCCACACCUGCAGCAUUGGCUAUUUCUAAACUUUCUUGUCCUGAGACAGAAACACCUAAAAUAACUCAGGGAGCAUCCUCAUCCAUUUCCCUGGUGGUGAACAUCGCUGUGAAUUUGAUUGCCUUCCUGGCCCUGUUGUCUUUUGUGAAUUCAGCCCUGUCCUGGUUUGGAAACAUGUUUGACUACCCACAACUGAGUUUCGAAGUAAUAUGCUCCUACAUCUUCAUACCCUUUUCCUUCAUGAUGGGAGUGGACUGGCAAGCCAGCUUUAUGGUUGCCAAACUCAUAGGUUAUAAGACAUUCUUCAAUGAAUCUGUGGCUUAUCAGAAACUCUCAAAAUUGAUCCAAUUAAGGCAAGAGUGUGGACAAUUUGUGGAUGGUGUGCAGCAAUAUAUGUCGAUUCGUGCUGAGACAGUUGCCACUCAUGCUCUCAGUGGCUUUGCCCAUUUCGGUUCCCUAGGAAUAGUGAUCGGCGGACUCACAUCCAUAGCACUUACCGGCAAGCAUUCUGUAGACAUCAACUGCCAUCAUGUUUUGGAGAAUGCCUUCAACUCCAGCUCAGUUAGAAACACAACCAAUGCAGUAUCUUGCUGCCAGAGUCUACUGAGCAACACUGUUUCCAGGGGUCCUGGUGAGGUCAUCCCAGAAGGAAACCAUAGCCUGUAUUUGAAGGACUGCUGCAAUUUGUUGAAUCCACCAACACUAAACUGCAGUUGGGUUCCUAAUGCAUUUUGA